AUUGUUAACUUACACAACAAGUUUAGAGCCGAAGUAAAACCUACUGCUAGCAACAUGUUAAAAAUGAAAUGGAAUAAUGAAAUUGCCAAUAUAGCACAGAAAUGGGCUGAAAACUGUGAUUUUCACCAUGAUUCUCCGGUUGCCAGAAAAAUUCCAGGACGAUACGCCGUUGGUCAGAGUACAGCGACUGGUACAGGAAGUUUCGAGGCUGCUAUAAAUCUGUGGCAUGAUGAAAAAGAAGAUUUUACAUACGGUGCAGAUGACAACGUUUUUCAGAAAACUGGCCAUUAUACACAGAUAAACUGGUGGGAGACUAAUUUGGUCGGAUGUGGCUAUGCUAAAUGUGGAACAACCAAUUAUCAUGUUUGUAAUUAUGCUCCUGCUGGUAAUGAAAGAGGUAAAACUAACACACCUUAUGAACUAGGAGAACCAUGCGCAGAUUGUCCUGAUAAUUGUGAU